CGCCUGCUUCAUAGUUCAUUUGGGUCUCUGUAUUUCGGAUUGCAGUAUCGGGAAGCAGUGGAUUUUAUUUUUAAAAGCCCAGGCCAUUUGUUCGAGGUAUUUGACUGCAGAUUGUUUUGAACACGAGGUACAGUGUAAUGGAGAGCUCACACGAAGAAACAUUCGUUGAAAGAUGAAGCAGCCAACUGUAUUGAAUCUGACAGCAGCUGCAUCUCACACCGGACCUGAGCAGUGCUGAGAUUCUCCAGGAUCAAUACUUACAGUCUGCUUGGAAGACAAAUAGCAGUAUACUGGUAAAGUAAUAUGGAUUUUUAAGGGUUAGCUCACCCUAAAAUGAUUACUGUUUUAACACUAUAUGUAAAGAUACUCUGAAAAUGGAUAUGAUUUGUUGUUGUUAUUGUGUGUGCUCCAUCAGCGAUGAGAACAGACAGACCAUUGAGAGCAUGCUGCUGGAGAAACAGUAUCAUUCACUCUUUACAUGUCACACUGAUUAAUUCUCAUUUUGUGGUUUUCACAUCCCAUAAUGAUAAAUGGAUGUGAUCAUUCAUUAAAAUAAUUUGUUUUUUUUUCUUAAAAGAAAAGGUAUUAUUUUGCCAGUAAAAAAGCAUCAGGUGGCACAAGGUGGCAUGGACCAAUGAGAAGACUAAAGUCAAAAAGACAUUGGUGAAGAGUUCUGGAGCACAAACUCGUUGAGUUGAAGAGGAGAAGGAUCUCUUUGAGAAAGGACUGGCACAGUUUGGCUGCAGGUGGACUAAGAUUGCCAAACUAAUCGGCACUAGGACAGUUCUACAGGUCAAGAGUUAUUCUAGGCAUUCAAAAAUAAGGUGUUGAAAGUCAGUGAUGCAUUGAGCCAUCAGCGGACACUGAGACGGAUACUAUAAUAACAGUGAACACUGCCAAGGCAUUCCUGGCGACAGACACUAUAUCUGCCAGCCAGUGGCGGCUGGACUAUAAAAUCCCUUUGUCUCAACACACUGUUGUUCUGCCUCCUGUCCGUGACCAUCAGCCAGACAGAAACCAGGGUUUAUCCGAAAUCUCUGGUUGAAUUUCUUUUUUAGUAGUUCCACAAGACGGGCGAGCUCAACAAGAAUGGGCGAAUAAUGCUUCUAAACAGAGCAAUAGAGGAUUUGGAGAAAGAGAAACAGGACAGGGAGGAAGAGAAAAAUCGCUACCUCGAAGACAAACACCCUCCUUUGCAGCUUUCUGGACUCUCUCUGGCAGAGUUACAGAAUCUGUGUAAGCAACUCUAUGCCAAAAUCGAUGUAGUAGAUGAAGAGAGAUAUGACUAUGAGGAUAAAGUCACCAAGCACAACAAAGAUAUCAAUGAGCUGAAGUUGAAAGUUCAGGAUCUAGGUGGGAAGUUCAAGAAACCUGCCCUGAGGAAGGUGCGUGUGUCUGCUGAUGAGAUGAUGAGGGCCUUACUGGGCUCCAAACACAAAGGCUCCAUGGACCUCCGUGCAAAUCUGAAGUCAGUCAAGAAGGAGGAUAUCAAGCAAGAAAAGGUCUUGACCUCUGAGGUAGGUGACUGGCGUAAGAAUGUGGAAGCCAUGUCUGGAAUGGAGGGAAGAAAGAAGAUGUUUGACGCUGCUGGGGGAGGCCAGUAAACCCCUUCAUAAAACCAACCUGACCUUCUGGAUGGUCUUCACAGAGAAGAUAUAAAAUGGAAGGGUUGAGACUGAAGUGUUUUCUUGCUUUGUUGACCUUUCUGAGCUGCUGUUUUUCCGAGCCAACUCAUAGUAACUGCUAAGUAAUAGUCGACCUAAAAUUUAAAUCCUGCACUUAUUUACUCACCCUUUUGUCAAUUCAAAGCUGAAUUAUAUUCUGGAACACAUCAGUGUAGAUGAAUGCUGACACUGCUCUUAUUCUUAUUCAAACAACAUUGUUAUCCAUAAAAGUAAAUAAGGGGCUGUCAAGCUCUAAAAUGCUCCAUAAAAGUACAUCCCAUGAUCUAUAUUUCAAGUCUUCUCAAGCUAUGAAUGGCUGUUAUGAUACUUUCAUGGUGUUUUUUUUAUUUUAAAUUGGUCAUAUUUGGAGCUUGACAGCCCCUAGCCAAAUUUUAUUUUCAUUGUAUGGAAAAAUAAUAUAUUAACGAUUAUUUUUUUUUUCUUAGAAAUAUGAUUUGACAUAAUUCAUUAAAGAUUAAAGAGCAGACUUAAAAUAGGCCUUAGUACUGUUAGGUGUUUUUGAGACUUAUGUAGUCUGCAGUCAUUUCAUUUCAUUAUAAAUGUACCAAUUAAUAAUAAUACUAAUAGAUAAUAAAAAAAACUAAGACAGCUUGUGUUUUACUGGGAUAUAUGUAUGUUUUUGUGUGCUACAAUGAAGUCUUAAAUUGACAUUAAAAGUUACAUUAUUAA